AUGAAGAAGUCAAUAAGCGGACAUGAAAUCCUGCUCCUGCAUUCAGAAUUCUACGAAGGUCGUCUGAACACCGACCUGGCAGCCGCAGAGGAGGAAAUUGAACAAUCUAUGGCUCUCAUGAAGAAUGAUGCGCCCCUCAUUAGCAUGGAAGAUAACGCGAUCCAGCAUGUAUUCCAGUCUUGUUGGUAUCGAUUGAAGCAGGCCCGCAAGCUCGCUGGAAAAUGGCACACCAUUGUUAUUUCGAUGGUCUCCUGGACCAAAUUCGGGUUCAACGGGAGAAUCGUAUUACAGAUGUGCGAAGAUCAAUAG